AUAACCUAAUGGCUACACCCCAAUACCCAAACCCAUGGCUUCUUUUCCACCUUCAACCACCACCACCGCGGCCUCCACCGCCACCAUCACCCCAACUUCUUCGCCAUUUUUCAAAAAAACCCUUCAAAUCCCGACACUCCGAAACCAGAGGCAUUCCUUUAAAAUCUCAUGCAAAUCCACAGAUAACGAUAAUCAAAACCCUAAUACCACCUCCAAAAAUGAAGAAACUUUCUUAGGAAAGCUUGAUAGGCGAAAUGUGCUUCUAGGGUUAGGCGGUUACAGUGCUGCCACCAUUCUGGCCAACCCCCUAGCAUUCGCUGCUCCGGUCACUGCACCGGAUUUAGCGAAAUGCGGGGCGGCGGAUUUACCCGCCGGUGCAAAACCCACAAAUUGUUGUCCCCCCAAAGCAACAAAAAUCAUCGAUUUCAAGUUCCCUCAGUCUAACUCAAUGAGAGUUCGACCCGCGGCCCAUUUAGCCGACGCCGAGUACGUAGCCAAGUUCUCAAAAGCACUUGCUCUAAUGAAAGCACUUCCCGAAGACGACCCUCGUAGCUUCAAGCAACAAGCCAACGUUCACUGUGCUUAUUGCGACGGAGCUUAUCACCAAGUCGGCUUCCCCGAACUCGAUCUUCAAGUCCACAACUCAUGGCUUUUCUUCCCCUUCCAUAGAUACUACCUCCACUUCUUCGAAAGAAUUCUCGGCAGCCUGAUUGGUGACCCGUCUUUCGCUAUCCCCUUCUGGAAUUGGGAUUCCCCAAACGGAAUGCCAAUGCCGGCAAUGUAUGCCGAUCCAAACUCCCCUCUCUACGACGUGCUCCGCGAUGCCAAACACCAGCCGCCCACAUUAGUCGACUUGGAUUACAACGGGUCGGAUCCAACUACGACCGAUGCUCAGCAAAAGUCGAGUAAUCUUAAUGUGAUGUAUCGACAAAUGGUGUCGAAUAGCAAGAGUGCGAGGUUGUUUCUCGGGAGUCCGUACCGGGCCGGAGAUGAGUCCGACCCGGGUGCUGGGUCUGUCGAGAAUAUUCCUCAUGGUCCGGUCCAUAUAUGGUGUGGGGAUCGAACCCAACCUAAUUUGGAGGAUAUGGGGAAUUUUUACUCCGCGGGUCGGGACCCGAUUUUUUUUGGGCAUCAUGCUAAUAUAGAUCGGAUGUGGAGCAUAUGGAAGACGUUGGGAGGAAAACGGCAGGAUUUUACCGACCCGGAUUGGUUGAAUGCCGGGUUUGUGUUCUAUGAUGAGAAUGCUGAGCUUGUUAGAGUCAAGGUAAAGGAUUGUCUAGAUACGAGAAAACUUGGAUAUGUAUAUCAAGACGUGGAUAUUCCAUGGUUGAACACUCGCCCCACUCCUGGAGUCUCAAAACUUUCCCGGAAAAUAAACAAGGCCGGUGUAGCCAUGGCAGCCGACACACCCUCCACCGCCACCGAAGUCUUCCCCAAGAAACUCGACAAGGCGGUGAGAGUGAUGGUUCCGAGGCCUAAAAAAUCUCGAAGCAAGAAAGAGAAGGAUGAUGAAGAGGAGAUACUGGUGAUCGAAGGAAUAGAGGUGGAUCGAGACGUGUUUGUGAAGUUUGAUGUGUUUAUUAAUGAUGAACAUGAGGUGGUGAUCGGACCGAACAAUACUGAGUUUGCUGGAAGUUUUGUGAAUGUGCCUCAUAAGCAUAAGCAUGGGAAGAAGAUCAAGACAAUUUUGAGGUUGGGGAUUACUGAGUUGUUGGAGGAGUUGGGAGCUGAGGAUGAUGAUGGUGUGUUGGUGACUUUGGUACCUAAGAAUGGGGCUGGUGCUGUCACCAUUGGUGGUGUCAAGAUAGAGUUUGAUUCUUGAAUCAAUAAUCGGCCAUGGUUAUGGUCAGCGUUGGUGAAACAGUCAUAAACUAAGUGAAUAAUGACAUCGAUAGCCUAAAUUUAGUUAUGUAUUGUCUCAUAAGUUAUGUAACGGCUCAUAUUUAAAUCGAUGAAUGUAGUAAUUAGUCCUGAUUUGUUCAUGAUUUGCAAUUUUUCUUUUUAUUUUUCCAUUUUUUCAAAGUUUUUUUUGAUCAAUGUGUUUUUUCGGGUAAACAACAAACAUCUGAGGGCAAUGAAAAUAAAGACAGUAAUUCAUUUU